CUAUAUAACCCAUCGGUGAGCAGCCUGUGGGUGCUGCCAGACCUGUAGUUGUAUAGCUAGAGAUAGGGCAAGCAAGAAAGCAACUCAGAUAGCUUAGCAAACUAAGCAUGUCUUUAUGCCCAUCUAUAAACCUGUCCUGCGACAACAUCUCCUGCAACGUCUGGUUCUGCUGUGGCAGCGCUGCUGACCAAGAUCCCAAGGGAGCGCAAGAGCCGCCUCCAGCGCCCCCGCCGGCACCAGCACAGCCUCCUCCUGCGUCAGUUCCUCAAACUGCGGUAUGUGACCCGCCGCAUCCUCAAUCAAUUCGUCCUCAGCAUCCGCCAUCGACCAAAGCGUAUGAUCCGCCGGCGCGAAUGCAGCAGCCGACAAUGCUUCCAACUGCGCCGGCGCCGGCGCCGACACUGCCCUCACGCGCACCGGCACAACCACCAAAGGUAAAUGAUCCGCCGUCCCCACCUAGGCAGACGACUCCUUCUCGUGUGCCAUCCAGCAAGGCCUUUGAGCUGCCACCGGAGCCCCCUCCAAGGACAGAACGGCCUGCCCGCCAGGCAUCAAAGGCAUACCAAGCGCCACCGGCCGUGAACCAACAGCCGGUCACGCCUCCUCACGUGACAUCCAAGACUUACGAGGCUCCAGCGCUGGCUGUGUCGCCGCUGCAGGCGCUUCCUCGCGAAACUCUCCAUCUCGGUGAUUCGAGGCCUUUCUUUGAAUAUUACCCGCAAGCACAACAGGAAUACUUUCUCCAAGGAAGCUAGCAAACUGCUUACUGUAUCUAGUAGCAUCUUGUGGUUCAUUAAGGAACAUGCUUGGGUUGUUAAUCGCUGUGUUGCUUAACAACUUAACUUAAGGUGUGAAUCUGUCUGUUUCUCCUUUACUGUGUAUUUUAAUGGAAGUUCGUCACUCCUAUGUGGUGCACGCCAAGGGUUUAUCCAAACAACUUUUGUAAGUGCACUGUAGGAUGUAGAUGGAUAUGGAGUUUCUCCAGUUUUCAUUUUGUUGACUAUGACAGACCAACAAACACCUACUGCACAGGGAGGUGCUCCAACUCGGCAGAUCUGGCAAAUACCCCUGCUUUUGACUAUAGAGGUCGUGCAGGAAAGCGUCACGCCGAGUGCGUAGGGAGUCCUCCUCCGCAAGGCCUGGCUGACUCAUCAUUAGCCUUCUUAUCGGCCUGUUUUGUGUCACCUUGGUUACUGUGGUGGUUGACAGAGUAUGGAUGUGGAUACUUGUGUGUUGUCUUAGCGGUAUAGUCAUUUCUUUUCCUGCAAAAAUAGUUUGGAUCUUGGAUUGUGCUUGGUUUGACCAACGGUGAGACCAUUGUCGUAUUCCAGUUGGUCAGCAUGAAUGUAUGCCCUGUUUCUUACCCCAUCCGUGAUGAGGAUCGUUCUGAAUUUUGGGGCAUCUAUCUGACCUAAUUCGUAGAGGAAAAAUAUGGAGGAUGUAACAGCAAGCAAGUGUCUUGACAUCGAGGAACUUGUAAGGGUGCAGAGCUAGGUGGCAGAAGCUUCUUCU